AUGAAAUCUGUGUGGGAAAACAUCUCGCGGCUCCCUGGAGAAUUCCCGCCGCCGCCCUCUCCCGCCACUCGGUUUAUUUGGGACCUUUUCUUUUCUUUUGUCCCCUGUCAAAAGGCUGCAAAAACGGUCACGCAUAAAUCUUUGUGUCUUCUCAACGUCGAAGCUUUUGGGUGUGUUGACCCUGGCGUUCAGUUCGAGAUCUCUAGACUUUUUUUCCCAUUUUUCUCAAGUGGAUUGGCUAGGAAACAAAAAUCUCGAAAGAGAUAGGAAAAUUAUUACUUUGAAGCUUCAUCAUUUAGAAAGGAAACUAGCCUUCAGAAAUGAUUUUUUGAUGCCGAUUUUUCUCAAAAAAAAAACCUGGGUUUGCAGGAAAAUGGCUUCAUCAUUUAGCUUUCAACUUAUAUUACUUUUUACUCGAAGGUAAUCACUCUUUCAGACUCCGAGCAAAUAAUCCAAAAAUCAAACAACUUCUCCUACUUCAAGUAGCACCUCUAAAAGUUCAAAGACCUCUUCCUCCAGAUCCACCAAACGUCUAUCGGUUCACAGUUCUUCUCUCGUCGCCGUCAGACAAAACAAUCGUUUGUCAACAAAAACCGCAAGUCAUUUCGAAGAUACACAGAAAAGGUCCUACAAACACAGACAGACGGACACACAAAAACGUGUGGCCGAUCCAUUUUUGGGGAAUCGAGUGGACUUGGAGGAGGAGGAGAGACUUUGGAAAAGCGGCGAGACAUCACGGCGCCAAGGACAGUUAGGAACGGCCGGUAAUUGUCGCCCGCAAUGUUCCAGAAAUCCAUCCAGAAUUGAGGUCCAAUUUGGGUUUAUCGAGGGAUAUUCGCGUCAAAACAGCCUCGGAUAAAAUUGAGCCACGGAAAAAGCUAGUUUCAUUCUAGAGAGAAUAUAGAGAUUUCUGAUCAAAAAUCAUCCGGAUAAAUAGCGAAAAAGGCUUGUGCGCUCCAUUGCUAAUAAUCUUUAUAAUGAACUUCUCGUAAAUAAAAAUUUGAUAAAUUAUUUGUUCGUAUACGAAUAGCCUCAAUAUGCAGAAGAGCCACUAAAAACAGAAGCUUUUGCGCUCGAUGACCAAUACUCAGCGAAAGUUUUUGUUUGAAAGAUUAGAAAAAAUUAAUUAUGCCUUCUUUGAAAUUCGAAGAAUUUUUUGGUUUUUCCAACUCGAUGAUGACUGAAAUUGUCAAUGGAGCGCCACAUUCAUGCCCGUCGAGGCUAUUUAUUCUCAAACCCCAGACUUCUUCAAGCAUCCUCCAAACGAUUUCGAUUUCAUCGCCAUCGGCGUUCCAUACAAAACGACGAGGUCGGCCGCCAAUUGACCGCCUUGUCCACAGACACGCAAACAGUCACAAAGCACAAAAGGUUGAGGUUGGAUUAUUGGAAACGGACCAAUUGGCCGGCGACGACGACGGCGCCACGCAUAAAUAGCCCCGAUUCCAACACACAACUACUUCUUUUGGCGCCACACGAUUCCUGGAACGGUUCGAUUCCGUUUCUCUGGAAAGGCGUUGGCGGCCGCUUAUAGCCAUAGAUUCCGAAGAUUAAAGCUAACUGGGAGAUUAUGUCCCCACAGAGCGAGUGUGAAAGAUCCGAGAGUGAGAUAAAUCACGCGGGAAAGGAAGAAGGAGAAGAACAGCUGUCGUCUUUGGGAUGUCCAUAUUAGUGUGAACGAUGCACUUUUAGCUAGUUUCAGAUUGGCAGGAAAGCUUGGAAAAAUCAGAUAAAAAUUGCGUUUUUUGGUGUUCGAAAAUUUAUUGGGAACCUAGAGAAGGUUAGAAAAAGGCAAGAUAAUUCUAAAAGUCGCUUUAAAAAAUCCUUUUGUUUCCUUCAACUAUAUCUUGACGCUUUCCAAAUACAACCUUGACAACUGAAACUUGAAAAAAUGUUCCUAAAUUCCUCAUGUAUAACCCAAACUACAGAGACCUCAAUACUUUCUUCCCACAAAAAAGCUGACCAAAAAACCAGACUAGAAGAAAGUUCGCCUUGGGAAUUCGCACAACCACUUGAUCUCAAUCCAUCCAAACAGCCAGUCAGGUCACACAGACGGAUCCCGCACAAAAAUUGCUCCAGUCAAGACGGCCCAGAAAACAAAAGAAAAGAGGGGAACAUCUUAACGGCGGAUCCAUCGGAUGAGAAGAUCCGACGACGUGGCGUCAUGUUUUCUUUGGAUGGCGUCGCCGAAGACGCAUGCCGCGACGGCGGUGAGAUACAAAACGAACGUGAGGAGCGUGUUCAGAAAUCAAUUCCUUAUUUAUUGGCGGUCGUUCUCACCGACGGCGGUUCUCUUGGCUUUUCCUUCCUUAUGAGGAAAGGCCGAAUGUACUUUGGGAUAGUCAAAAGCUUCGAGUUUCAGAGAGGGGCUUUCAGGCUUUUAAAAAAUCAUAUCUUCAACAAGACAAAACUAAUGAAUUUGAGCUUCUUCUGGUGUCUGUAUCAAAAGCUUUCCUUCAUAAAAAAAAGCCUGAUCUUUUGAUUCGAAGAGAAGACUGAAAUAUUCAAAAUAAACCCCCCGAUGAACCAAAAGUCAAUGAAAAACAACAAAAAAACUCUCAAAAACUAACACACCAGCUAUUUCGACCUACAAAACCUUGCUCAAUUCAUAACUCCUUGGACAAAAGGAAGCCAACUUUCUCAAAUUCCCCACUACCGUUCGCACUUUAAAAAACCUUGCUUUCCCUCAGACAUGCCAUGUCCAUCUAUCUGCCAAAGAAGCGUGAAAAAAAAAGAGAAAAGUCGGCCAGACCAACGAGGCAAAUACAUCCAAUCUCCGUUGUAAAAAACUUGCUAACGUUCCUUCGGCAGUGCCGACGUCUUCUUCUCUUCAUCCCAAGACACUUUCCAAAACCUCGGCUGGCGAUGGCGUAA